AUGCUCGUAAGGAAGCGGCGCAGACACGGACCCUGCCGGCGGCAGGCGCUGCUCGCCCUCCUGGUGCUGGGGUGCGUGCUGCUGAUGCUGGGGGCCCUGCACCCGCCCCCGCACGCCCUGCCCCGGGCGCCCCCAGUCCCCCAGGCGGCCGUGCGCAGCUCCCAGGCCGCCUACCGCCUGGACUUUGGGGACCCCCAGGAGUGGCUGCUGGAGUCCGAGGAGGAGGACCAGGAGUACGGCCCCCUGCCGCCCCUCGUCUCCCUGCGGGAGGACCAGCUCCUGGUGGCCGUGGGCUCGCUCAGGGCCGGAAGGAACCGGAGCCGGGGCGGGCGAGGCGGCGGCUACCGGCUUAUCCAGCGGCCGCACAAGCAGCAGGACGCGGCGGCCCCGGAGAGGGACUGGGCGGCCGAGGAGGAGGAUGAGGAGGACGAGGAGGCGUCCGAAGAGGGGGAGCGGACCGCGCUCAGCCCGGAGGAGGCGCCCAGUGCCCGCAGCCCCGCGCACAGGGGGGGCUCGCGGCAUCCGCUGUGCCUGCAGCAGCCGCCGCCCACGGACAGCCUGCCCACCGCCAGCGUCAUCCUCUGCUUCCACGACGAGGCCUGGUCCACCCUCCUGAGGACCGUGCACAGCAUCCUGGACACGGCGCCCAGGGCCUUCCUGAAGGAGAUCGUCCUGGUGGACGACCUCAGCCAGCAAGGACAACUCAGGAUGGCUCUCAGCGAGCACGUGGCCCGGUUGGAGGGGGUGAAAUUACUCAGGAGCAACAGGAGACUGGGCGCCAGCAGGGCCCGGAUGCUGGGGGCCGCCAGGGCCACUGGGGACGUGCUGGUCUUCAUGGACGCCCACUGCGAGUGCCAGCCGGGCUGGCUGGAGCCCCUCCUGGCCAGAAUAGCUGGUGACAGGAGCAGGGUGGUGUCUCCUGUCCUAGACGUGAUUGACUGGAAGACCUUCCAGUAUUACCCCUCCGAGGACCAGCAGCGAGGAGUGUUGGACUGGAAGCUGGAUUUCCACUGGGAGCCUUUGCCGGAGCGCGAGAGGAGGGCCCUUGCCUCCCCUGUCAGUCCCAUCAGGAGCCCCGUGGUACCUGGCGGGGUGGUGGCCAUGGACCGACAUUACUUCCAAAACACCGGAGCGUAUGACCCUCUCCUGUCACUGCAGGGAGGUGAAAACCUCGAGCUGUCUCUCAAGACCUGGCUCUGUGGGGGCUCCGUGGAAAUCCUGCCCUGCUCCCGCGUGGGGCACCUCUACCGAAAUGAAGAUGCCCACUCCCAGCAUGAGCGGGAGGCCACCCUGCAGAACAAGGUCCGCAUCGCUGAGACCUGGCUGGGCUCCUUCAAAGAAACCUUCUACAGGCACAGUCCAGAGGCCUUGUCCCUGAGCAAGGCUGGGAAGCCGGACUGCGUGGAGCGUCAGCAGCUGCAGAGGAGGCUGGGCUGCCGGACCUUCCACUGGUUUCUGGCCAACGUCUACCCCGAGCUGUACCCACUGGAACGCAGGCCCAGGUUCUCCGGAAAGCUCCACAACACCGGACUGGGCUUCUGCGCCGACUGCGCGGUGGAAGGGGCCGCCCCGGGCUGCGCCGUGGUGCUGGCCCCUUGCAGCGACGCCCAGCAGCGGCAGCGCCUGGAGCACGCGGGCCGGCGCGCCAUCCGCUCCGGCGGCCCACGGCACCUGUGCUUUGACGUCAGGGGGGAGCAGGUGAUUCUCCAGAACUGCACCGAGGGGGCCCAGCAGCACUGGGACCAUCAGGAGAAUGGAAUGAUUGUUCACAUUCUCUCUGGGAAAUGCAUGGAAGCUGUGGUGCAGGAAAACAAUAAAGAUCUGUACUUGCGUGAGUGUGAUGGAAAAGCCAGCCAGCUGUGGCGAUUUGACAACAUCAGCACCGUGGAUGAACGGUGA